AUGCCUUUCAUCCAAGACGCCGGGGCGCCAGACGGCCUUCCUGUUGUUCCCCUGUACGUGAAUGGAAGCCCCCACCCCGUGGACAAAGACCGCCUAUUUCCCAUCGUGAAUUCCGUAGAGAAUAAAACUAUUCACUACGCUGUAUCUGCAGACCCCGACUCUGCGACACGAGCCUGCGAUGCAGCAUCCGAGGCCUUCAAGUCAUGGCGGAAAACAUCGCCUGCGCAUCGUCGCUCGCUGCUUCUCAAGGCGGCGGACGUACUUGAUCGCAGACGGGAGGAAAUCAUGGACUGGCAGGUCAGAGAGACGAGCUGCCCCAAGGAAUUUGCGGCGUUCAACAUAAUGGCGGGCGCGAUGUAUGCAAGGGAGAUCGCGGCCGCGACCAGUGAGAUUCGAGGCACGGUAUCACAGAGGCUGUCGAAGCCAGAUGGGGAGGAAAUCGGUGGCCUUACUAUUGUUGUGCGGGAGCCGGUGGGCGUAGUACUCAUCAUCCCUCCUUGGAAUGGGGCAGUCAUCUUGCCAGUCCGCGCAAUCAGUAUGGCUUUGGCGGCUGGAUGUGCAAUAGUCGUCAAAGCAUCUGAGCUUUGCCCUCGCCUCCACAGUGUCCUUGUGGAAUGCUUCGAAGAAGCCGGUAUCCCUAAGGGAGUCUUGAACAUCAUCCAAGCGAAGAGAGAGGAUGCUGUGCAAGUGGUUGAAUCGAUAGUAUCACAUAAAGCUAUUCGAAAGGUCGAUUUCAUUGGCAGCGCUGCAGUUGGUAGCAAGAUUGGCCAAGUAUGCGCCAAAUACCUAAAACCAAUCCUGAUGGAACUGGGCGGUAAGGGCCCUGCGAUAAUUCUAGAAGAUGCAGAUCUGCAAAAGGCCGCUCAACUCUGUGCUAUGGGUGCCGUCGCCGAUCAUGGACAGUUGUGCUUUUCCACCGAACGGAUCAUCGUACACAAGAGUGUUUAUGAUCGCUUUGUUGCGAUCCUCACGGCCAUUUUCUCCAAGAUUCCCGCAGCCGGCGAUUCUGUUACAAGACAAUCAGCAACGCAUGCCUACGAUGUCCUAGUAGACGCUCAAGAGAAGGGCGCAAAGUUUCUCGUCGGCGGACCUGAAUACAUCCGUCCGACAAGUCUAAAGCCAACCCUCGUUACAAAUGUUUCGCGCGAUGCUCGAAUAUGGGACGAAGAGACUUUUGGUCCAUCCGCAUCAGUGUACAUUGCAGAAGACGACGACGAUGCAAUUGCGAAGGCCAACGACUCAGCGUACGGGUUGAACGCCGCCGUCCACAGUACGAGCUGGGAGCACGCUUACAAUGUAUCUAAGCAACUUGAGUACGGCCAGGUUCACAUCAACAACAUGACACCUUCAGAUUCUCCCGGAGCACCGAUUCGGGGAGUGAAGGGGUCUGGGUGGGGACAAUCGAAUUCGAUUUGGGGGAUCCACGAGUUCAGCAUCGAGAAAACACUGUCAUUCCAUCCGUCGGAGGUCAACCCUCUGAUUAUGCCCUCAUGA